GUUGUAACAUGUUGCCCGCCGACGCAAGUAAAAUGUCUUACAUACCUGGAAAAUAAGGUUAAUUAUUUUAACAUGUUUUGAUUGUGUUUGGUCUGGUUUCUUUUACCUGAACAGGAAACAUUGGAAGAUGAUUUAACAACUGGAUCUGGGGCUAUUUUAUUCUCACAUCAAUUACAAGAAAGCAUGUCUGAUAGCAGUCCACAAAAUAGUCAAGUUGUUCCAAGGCUAGACUUGAAUAAUCAAACACAUUCUCCAAGUGAUAGUAGAGAGUCUACACAAAAUGACAUCUCCUCUCCAUCCCUGCACAGAGGAUUUUCUUCUGAUGAUAAUUCUGGUUGGAAAUCUGAAACCACAGAAACUUCAGAAGGAAACUUGAGUUUGUCUCAGUACCCAUUAGAUGAUCCAUCAUGUGGUGAGGAGUCUCCUCAAGAUAAUAAUAGUCUUCAUGAGGAAGCUUUGACAACAGCAAUUACAGAGGUUUCCAAAGAUUUUAUUUCUGGUAAUUUUUCUCCUGGAAAAUAUCCACCGAUAGAAAGUGACAGUUCUGAUGGGGAUCAUCAUUUAGAUGGACAUACUGGAGCAGUUUAUGCCAGAUAUCCAGAAUCAGCUACAGGAAUGUCAGAUUGUGAAUGGAAUCCCUACGGCACAGAUAAUGAUAACGAGACACCAAGAUCUUCGGCUAGUGAUUCAGAGUUCAGGAAUAUUCAGUCUUUUACAGCAACAAGCUCAAUGAGACAGAGAGACCCUGAGAUAAGGAUACCAACAGCUUCUAUGAAUAAUGGAGAAUUAAACAGAAUGAUUUCAAACCCUACGGUAACAAGGGAUUUUGUUAGGAUACCAACUGAUACAGUAAAUGAAGAUAGAAUGAAGGAUGCAAAUGCUGGAGAUAUCAAAAGAGAUUUUAUGAGGAUAUCAAUUGAUAAAGAAGGUAUACCCACUGUGACUUCAUUGGAAGGGAGACAAUUCAAUAGAAAUGAAAAUCCUUCUACCUCUGAUAAAAGAGAACAUGCACCAUAUAGACCAGCUGGUAUUUCCAAAUCAGAUGGAGAGCAAAGUCAAACAAAUAAAGAGACAUCUAAUAUCCUCCCUGCUUCACGUAGACUUGCAGCUGAUAUAGUGAAAGAUUCCUAUGCAAUGUAUUCACCAGAAAAAGAAUUUGAUGCAAGAACUUCUGAAAAGACAGAGAAGACAUCUACAACAACUAGUACCUUACUAGGAUCAGGUGACAGGACAUCCCAGCUAACAACUAACCAGUAUAUACCAGGCAGUCAUAGAGAAUUGUAUGGUACACAAUCUUACAACCAGCUCUCUCGAAAUAGUGAAUUAAUGCCAAAAGUAUCUACCUCAGAAAUAAAAGGAAAUGUUUUAUCGGGUAGUUCCAGCACUACAAUUGUUCCUGAUAGUCUUCAUACACAGGACACAGUAGAAACAGAGGUAUCUGGCAGCAUUUCUUCAGUUGACAUUGCAAGGAGAGAAAGUGCCAGUAAAUAUGAUUCUUCGAGUUCUUCGAAACCUUCUGAGGCUCCUUAUGUGCCUGUUGGUGAUAGAGCCAAACUUUUAGGACUACCUGAGGAUUUCUUGGAUCAGCCCAAACCUUCUGCAUCUACUGAUUUUGCUGUGCCAAGGAUUACAGACCUCCCUUUGCUAUCUCGAGUUCAGAUUCCAGAGAAGGAUACAGAUUUUCCUAGCAACUCAAAACAAGAAAGCAUGUCAAAAAGAGUUUCUAAACUUUUGGAGGAAGCAAGUAACUUAGGAACUACUCUUCAUCAUCAUCUAUACAGCAGAGAAGCACUGGGACUUGAAGGUGAUAGAGAACCUACUGUUCUGAGAUCUUACUCCCCCUUAAGAAAAAGUGACAAUUUUGUACAAAAGUCAGCUGAAAGGUGUGUUACUCCAGCAUCUGCUCUUCUCACCAAAUCUGGUGAGCAGAGUAUAAGGUCUUCUCUAGGUGACGAGGUUGCUAAAUUAAUGAUUAAAAGUAAUGAUGGAACAGUAAAUGAUUUAACAAAUGUUCCAUCAAGCUCAUCUUAUGUUCCUUUGAAAACCCAGAGCAUUCAAUCAAGUGAGACCAUGAGUGUAAUAAGUGCACAGACUUAUCCAUCGCUUGCUACUGCUGCUGUAGGAGGUGGACCUGGCUCCACUGAUAGUCAAGAAUCCUCAGAUUCCUUAAGUCAGAGAGUUAAGAAAAUCUUAUCUGACACUGCUUAUGCGGAUAGAAAUAGGCAGAGUACGGCUGCACCAGGUGGUUCAGAAGCAACCAAUUUUGACUACUCCCGGCUUCAAAGAGAUCUACAAGAAAUUCAGAGCAACUUAGAUCCUGGAAUUGAUUACAAUAUGAGGAUUUCAAAUCCUUCUCCAGACUUUUCAAAAGCAAGUGAUAAAUCUACUGAAAGUUCUAAAGCCCAUAAACUUCUAUGGGACCAUGGGGCUGAUUUAGGAUAUGAUGAUAGUUUAUCAGGGAGAUUUUUUGGGACAAUGAAAACUGACACAGAAACAGAAUGUGACAGUACAUACUCUGGAAAGGGCUAUAAUGGGUUGUCAGAUACAUUAGAACUUGUUAACAAACCUCAAAAGGACACUGCAGAAGUUGUGUCAGAUCAAGUUGAGUCCGACUUUGAAGACAGAUCUUUGAAGGUCGCUCCAGAUGUGGAAGAGAUUAUUCGUAGGUAUCAAACAGAGAAACCAGAUAAGUUAAUGGAUUCAGGAGAUAGCUCUGGUUUAGCAUCAAAAGUAAUGAAAAUACUAUCACAGGAACCUCCUAGAAAACAGGCAAUCAGUAUUUUAGAAUCUGCAAAACAGGAAGAGCAAGAAAUGAUAAAAAAUAUGGCUGAUAAGCCAAAGCUAGAUACAAGCUAUGAUAGUAGUCAAGAUUCAACAAACAGCAGCUUUGUCAUUCAAGACAAAGAUGUAAGAAAGCAGCUAGAAUGGUCUCAAAUGAGUGGAAUUGACAAAUCGAUAAAUAAUUCUUAUCUAAGUGGACUUAAAACACAACCAUUCAGUGCUCUCGGUAAUGCAAAAACAUUCUUAUCUACUCAACUUGCCAAGAAUGCAGAUCGGACGUUUAACCAUAGCAUUGACAUAAAGACACCUUACAGACAUGUACUUGACUGUUAUCCUGUUUAUGGUGUAGAGCGUACCCGGGGAGCUGCAGAGGUGGACCAGUUUGGUAGGACAGAGCCUGAUGGGGUAAAGGAAGCAUGGGCUGAUGAUGCCUCUAGUCAGGAUGUUCCAGCAGACUUACUUUUUGGUGCAACAAGUACUAACACAGCCAAUGUGAGACCAGGGUCCCGAGAUCAUCAACGGACCUAUAGUGACCCAAGAGAACUUUCUCCUGAAACAAAAAAUGACAGUGCUACUGUCAUGACUGUGGAUGUUGCUACGGAAACUGAAGAUGGACACACAAGAAGUAAAUCUGAGGAGCCUAGAUAUGGGGAAGAGCUACCUAGAGAUAGAUUUUAUAACUUAGAACCCGCCCUUUCUGCCACAGACAGAAGAUCAGCAUCGUCACCUCAUGGCGACCAGAGAGAGAAAGAGAAUUUAGUGGAUGUCAGGAAAAAAGAAACAGUUACUACACCACCUUCAGUAUUUAGACGACCUCGUUUAAAAAAUUACCACAGUUUUACUAGAUUCUAUAGAGGAGAUUUAAGUCCAAGCUCAGUAGGACAACUGUCUGAUUCAGACAACAGUUCCAGAAGAAGAGAAGCUGCUAGACUGAGACCAUACAGGCCACAUGGUAGUCGUGAGUUGUAUUAUACUGAAGAUGGAGAAGAUUCCUUAGCAGAGAGUAUCACCACUGUAGAAAGUAAUCAUACAGCACAAAGAAGGGUUACAUGGAACCCUAGCACAUAUUACCUAGGUUCUGAUGACGCCACUGCUCCAUCUUUCCCAGUACAAUACCUAGGAUCCAGGAAAGAUGCCCCUCCUACUUCAGGAAUUUAUGGCACCAAGAAUCCAGAUAAAAAAGACACUUUGUCUACAAUUGAUGAAAAAUCUUUAGCUGAUGACAAAGAAAGAUCUGGUACUGAUAGUGGAGUAGAUAAUCCGAGAAGUGAUUUAGCCAGUUCUCAUGGCAGUAACUUGUCCUCGUAUAGACGUGACAUGGGAAAUCGAGAAGAUUUUACUACCAGCAGGAUACCAGGUCAAUAUGAUGAUAGGUUAACUCUCAGUACUAGGUCUGAUCCAGGAGACCAGUAUGCUACUCCCAAACGUUCUACCCGACAUCAUGAACAUUCUGAUCCCAGAAGUGAUAGUCGUGUAUAUAAGGACAACUAUGAAAGAGAACAGUAUGAACCAAAACCAACAAAAUCUAGAUCUGAAACUGAUUUAGCAACACUUCCAGAUGUUGAUCAUAAAUAUUCCUCUCCAAUGUAUGGAGAUCGUUUUAUGGAACUGUCUAACCAACCAUCUCCAAUCUAUUCUCACCACACAUCAAUGGCAUCACCCGCUGUUUUAGCAAAUGGUGCUAACUGGGGAAGAAAUGUUGAUGAAAAGCUGAUGGAAGAUAGGUUGAAUGUCAAACCUUUGGAGAAGGGACCAAAUUUUAUAACCAGACAAGAGGAAAAUAGUUAUGAUAGAAUGGCUGAGUUUUCUCAGAGAGAAAUUGGAGAUGGUAUAAACAUAGAUGAUAAACCAGGUUCCACUCCUUAUAAUAAGGCUUACGAUAGACCUGGGGAUGAUAGUUUCCCAAUGAGAACUAUAGCAUGGAGAGAAAUAGAACAUGAUAGAUUAGAACCUGGAAGUCAAGGUCUAGAACCAGGCGGCAGAGAACCAAUUAGAUCUUUGGAAUCUGGAAAUCCAAAAAUUGAUGUAAACAGAGAACCAGUUGUACCUAGUGACAGGGGACAAGACUACCGAUCAAGGGCAAGCUCUUCAGAAUCCAGUCUUCGGGAAACAGUUAGACCUUUAGACAGAGGUCCUGAUUUUACAUCAGAAAGACAAUCUUCUGAGGAAAAUGUUAGACCUCUUGAUCCAGGACCAGCAGUGUUGGACCCAGGUCCACACAUAGACACAAUUAAUCCAGGCUACAGACAAACUGACAGAGUUAUUGACUAUGUGAGGGAUGAAAGGCUUCUCAACAGAGGACCAGAUACUGAGCCACCUAAAGAAAGAAGAACGUUAGAAAAGGGACAGAAUUAUUAUGAUAUGUAUAGACCACGUAAGGAACCUCCCCCUAGGACUGGUAUGACUCAUCACCAAGUGUUAAUUGAUGAUGAUACAGAGGAACUAGAAUUUAGAGAAUUACCCAGGCGCUGUAGUACACCUUAUAAUUGUCCUGACCAAGAUUUCGAAGAAAUGGUGAAAGAAGAAAAGGCAAAAAUUCAGAUUGAAUACGAAUUACAAAGAAGAUUGAAACAGAAAGGAUAUUUACAGAAUUCCACUGAUGAGAAAGAAUUUGGUGCUGAGUAUGAUCAUGUGCCGCCCAAUGAAAGGGCAAAGUCACUGCAAAGAAAACUUGAACAGGAAUCACACAGAGAACUUGCUCCAAAUAUUAACGAUUUAUGGCUAAAAUUUCAGGAAAUGAACCAGAAUGAAAGUACAAGCACUAUAAAUUCAUCAAGAAUGGAAGCCAUCACUGAUCUAUUGAAAAAUCCAACGAAACAUAUAGUGCAAAAAAUUACUGAUGAAAGAACUUAUGAAAAAGCUAAAGAACGUAGAAUUAUGCAAGAAUUGGCAGAAAAGUCUCGUCAAGAACAAAGGAAAGACUCAAGAAGUGAAAGAAAAAGACAGGAACUACAGAAUUUACGAAGAUUAAGUGAGGAAGAAAGUAAUGGAAGUUAUGCAGACAUUCUACAAGAGCAACAGAAGAAAAAACUACAUGGAAAACAUAAGAAAGAAAGCAGCAAACCUGAUUCAAGUGUUGAAGGAAAACAGAAAAAAGAAAUGGAAAAUAAAAUGAAAGGUUCUAAGAAGGCAAAGGUUGAUAUCCCAGUUCAUGGUGACAGUAUUGACACCUUGUAUUCCAUAGCAGAGGAUGCAAGUUUCGAGGCUACUCCAAUAAAAGCUGAGGAUUCAAAUCAAGGAAAGUCUAAAAAAUCUCGACAAAGACAUGUGAUUGAUCCACUCAUGAAUAAACUCAAGGACAAAAUUGAAAGUCAAAGGAUAAAAAUUGACAAAGAAAGAAGAAAAGAAAUUAAAAGACUUGACAAAUUGAAAAAACUUGAAAUGCUGCUUACUGCUAAAAAGAAAGGAAAAUUAUCUGAUCAGGCUAUUGAUGUUGAGUUACAUUACGUCUCUACGACAUCGGCAGCAGCUAGUUCAGAGUCAUCUACUUUAUUUGGAAGUGAAACUACUAUUAGUGUGGAAUCAUUAGAUAACAACAAGGAUUCAUUUGACUCUGUGGCUAAUACUGGUGAUACUACAUCAACUAAGGAUAGCAGCAUUGAAAUUCAAAAAGUCAGAACGAAAAAGGCUAAGCAUGGUGGAAUGUUAGAUGCCUAUAUGGCUUCCAUUGGACAGGGAGGAAAAGGAGAUGAAUCUGAAGCUUCCACUGAAGAUUUACAAGUUGUUCGAAAAAUUAGAAGUCCAAAACCGGGGAAAUCAGAGAAAAAGAAAACAAAGGACAAGCAAAAUCAAAUGAAAACUGACUUUGUAGACACAGAAACACUAAGGAGAGAAAGAUCGCAAUCUCCAAAAUCAAGAAAGUUGAAAGAUGCUUCUACUAAUGUGCCAUCCCCAAUAGUAAAAAGUCCUGUAAGUAAGAGGAAAGUUCGAGAUGUUUAUGUAAGAUCAGAAGCAGUACAGACAAGUCCAUGUAGGUCAUGGUCACCACCUAGGGAGGAUCAGGGCGUCAUAUCUGUCCCAUUAAUGUCAUCAUCUUUCAAACGCAGUGUCAAAACUUUCGAUUCAGGGCAGCAGAGACAAAGAUCAUAUUCUCCCAUUGAUUCCUUUUCUUCUACUUCUCCUGACAGAACAUUAACAAGUAGGUCUAUAUCACCACCUCAACGCCAAAAAACAGCAGGACCUGGACGUAAGACAAAAAGAUCUAAGUCACCGCCAAAACAUCGCGUCUUCCUUCCAGAAUCUGAUGAAGAGACAAAAGAAAUGAAAGUGUCACCUCCACCUAAAUCUCGAAUGUUUACACCAGAAACUCCAGAUGAUGAUUUAGCAGGAAAACUCCAAGACAGUCCAAAUGAUAAAAAACAAAGGUUGAAAAGGAAAGGAUUUCGUACGGGUGGUCUUACUUGGUUUGUUCCAAUGGGCCAGACCAAACCAUGGAGAAAACCAUUGAAAGAAAGACAGGCUUUUGCUGUUAGUCAAGAACCAUGGCAACCAAAGUCUGUUUCAUCUACUGCAUGGAAGGAUAUUGUUGCUGAUAACCCAGUCAAUAAAUCUAUAGGGGAGAGUUCUAAAUUUGACCUUGACACAACAGGUCAUUAUAAAGAGCUGGACGAGGAAAGGUCUGAUGAAGAGAACUUUGACCCUAAACCUUUGUCAAGAUUAACUCUACAGGAAGCAUUCCAAACAUACAAACAAGAUGCCAUUUCUAAGUUAAGGGCCAGACAAAAAAGAGUUGCAUUAGCUUCAAAGGAAAGAACAUUACAGGAUAUGCUAGAAAAAGAAAGAAAUAGAUUGUUUGCAGAAGAAAAGAGAAGGAAAGAGGCAAAUCCAGAGGCACAUCCAUUAAGUGAAAACCUUCAUAAACCCAAAAGACGGGCAAUCUCAAAAGGUGAAAUGAUAGAACAAACUCAAAAGCUUUAUAAAAAGCUGCCAGAAGUGCAAAAUCUAAAGCUCCAGGAGAAAAGAAUGGAAGAUUAUUCAUUAAACAGACUGAGAGCCAAAGUUUUUAAUAGGAGAAUACAAAGAGAUACUCUCAAGAAAUGUGAAAACAGAGGAAAGCGUUCUCCUUCUAAAAAUAUCCACUAGUAGUGCUAUUCAUUUAAUUUAUUUGACAGUAUUACGUACUAGACUGUGAUAUAACUGUAGAUCUGACAGGAUUUAUUGUAUAAGUAGAUCUGAGAAGAUUAAUUGCAUAUGUAGAUCAUUCAAACUUGAAAGAAAGUAUAAUCUUAUAAUAUUGUUGUAUCACUGCAAAACACAUGUUUAUGUAUGCUUCAGUUUCAUUUUGAGAAUACUCAUACAAAUUUCUACCUUUUUGAUCUUUUCACAUAUAUAAGGCUGUGUGGAAUAUCAUCUUCCAAGUCAUAGUGUGCCAAAAUUUUAAUGAUCACUGUUAAAUUAUCACUAAGUGUUUAUUACAAAUAUUUAUUAUUUUCUCUGAUUUAAGUUAGUGUAAAUGGUAUGCUAGGUUGUCAAUGUUUGGUAGGUUUUGUUAAUUCUCUAGAAUUGUUUUGUAUAAAAUCUUAACCUAAUUUUAACCAAAUUUUAACUUGUUUGUUUGUUUUACAUUAAUUUAACUGCAUUUAUGGAUAAUUGGAAAGUUUACACACAUUAUACUAUUUUUAGAAAAAGUUUAAACUAAAGUAACAGAAUAAUUUUGAUGGAAACUUAUGUUUUAGCUUAUUUGAAAAGUAGUAUUUGCUAUUUGCAUAUCUUUAGGUUUUUUGUAUUAAAAUUAAUUGUAGUAAGGAUGUAACGGUGAAAUUUAAUAGGUAACAAAGAAUUUAUAGUAUUUUGAGAAUUUCUUGCCACCAUAAUUGUACAAUAUAUUUAUGCUGGCUGUAAGGCUUUAGAUGGCAUUUAUAUUUUGUAAUAAAAUAUGUAUACUUGGA